AUGGGAGUGGACAUUGACCCCAAAUAUGGUGGCACUGGCGCCUCAUUCUUCUCAGCAAUGCUAGUGAUCGAGGAGUUGGCAAAAGUGGAUCCGUCUGUCAGUGUCUUCUGUGACGUCCAAAACACUUUAGUCUCGCAAACCUUUCAUAGAUUUGCAAACGAAGAACAAAAGGCUCAAUACUUCCCACGAAUUGCAAAGGAUUGUGUCGGUGCCUUUUGUCUGUCGGAACCGGACUCGGGUUCGGAUGCAUUCGCGCUGAAGACAACUGCCAUUAAAGAUGGAAAUAAUUACAUAAUAAAUGGCACCAAAUGUUGGAUCACGAAUGCAGAACACGCCGGACUAUUCCUGGUCUACGCUAAUGUCAAUCCGUCGGCCGGUUAUAAAGGCAUCACGUGUUUCGUUGUGGACCGCAAUACUCCCGGACUCUCGGUUUCCAAACAUGAGGACAAACUGGGAAUCCGAGCCUCG